GAUAAGAGGUUUCCCUAGACUUCUCUUCUUUGUAUCUGCUUUAAUUCACUGCUUAUUCAAAUUAACAUGAUUAAAUAUCCCAAUUAUAGUAUUCAAGAGAAGGUUGGUGCUAGAGAAUCGCUUCACGGUGGUAGUGGCCAUGGAAUUGCUGGGAACAGGGAACAAGAAGGAUCCUGUGCAGACAAGGUAACUUUUGCGGAUCUUGAUGCUGAUUUGGACAAGUAUCGCUUAGAAACAUUGAAGAAAAAGUGAUACCUCUUGCCACAUAUUGGCUUGCAGAACUAGUACUUAUAAUUUGCCAUGGCCGGAUCUCUUUUGGAAAAUUGGAAAAAAGAUUACUCACCACAUGACACUAAUAGGAUGCAUUUAGAGAUUGGUCUCUUGAGACCCAGUGCUCAUGAAUUCUUUAUCUUGAUUGUUCAGCAAAUAUUCUAAUUCAACUUUUUGCCUUGUAAGUAGGGUAUGAGACUAAUACAGAUACUUUUGAGCU